AUGGCAGAUAAGUAUGAUGCCUUAGUCACUAUACUCUCAGCCGCAACCCCAUUUGCUGACGUUCGAGACUAUUCCCUUGGAGAUCUUCACGUGGAAGCCAUCAGUAUCGCGAUAGUCCUUUCUAGCCCUCUGUCUCGUGGCAGCGUCCACAUCACUUACGCCUCGAAGGGCAUACGACGCACUGUGAUCUCCAUGUGGUAUCCAACUAGCAUCUGUGCUAUGCUGUCGAAGGAGAAAGGUGGCGUUGUCGAUGAGCAUUUGAGGGUCUACGGAACUGAGAAGCUCAGAGUUGUUGAUGCUAGCGUGAUACCACUCAUCCCAGAGGCAGAUAUUCAGAGCAGUGUUUAUGCUCUUGCAGAGGGCGCAUCGGAUCUGAUCAAAGAGGGACAUAGGCCUUUCUACGAUGCGAGCAUCUAG